CCCUCGUCGCCGACCACCACCCACCAUGGCGGGGGCGGCAUCUCCGCCUCAGGCCCUACCCCCGGCCCCGACCCUCCAGGCCUCCUUCCUCUGCUCCCUCGCGCUCGCCUUCCUCCGGGCCGGCCGCCUCUCCGCUGCCUCUCACGUCGUCUCCUCACUCCCCGCUCCGCCUCCCGCCCGCCUCCUCCGCCGCCUCAUCCCCGCGCUCGCCUCCUCGGGCCUCGUCGCCGCCGCCUCCCGCUUCCGCCCCGUCCCAGGUGACCCGCUCACCCUCAACUCCAUCAUCCUCUCCUACUGCAGCCUCCACGCGCUCCGGCCCGCGCUUAGCCUGCUCCGUUCCUCCUCGGGGCCCCAGCCGCAGGUCGCGGCCGACACCGUCAGCUACAACAUCUUCCUCGCUGGCCUCUCCGAGCAGGGACACGGGAGGCUCGCGCCGCCCGUGCUCUCCGAGAUGUGCAAGCGCGGCGUGCCCUGGGACGGGGUCACCAUGAGCACGGCGCUCGUGGGGCUGAGCAGGACCGGACUUGUCGGCGAGGCCGCGGCGUUGGCGGAGAUGCUGGUCCGAGGCCGAGGAAUUGAUGGCUUGGGUGUGGUGGGAUGGAAUGCUCUCAUUGACGGCUACUGUAAAGUCCAGGACAUGGCCGCAGCAUUGGCGGUGGUGGAGAGGAUGACUACACAAGGGCUGUCGCUUGAUGUGGUGGGGUACAAUACCCUGGUUGCCGGGUUUUUCUACUCCGGCGAUGCUGAUGCUGCAUGGGAGGUAGCGGAGAGGAUGAAGGCGGAUGGGGUGGAGCCGAGUGUGGUCACACACACGACGCUCAUUGGGGAGUAUUGUAAGAUGAAGCGGAUCGAGGAGGCGUUCACUCUGUACGAGGGUAUGGUCAGGUCGGGUGUGCUGCCUGAUGUGGUCACCCUUAGUGCUCUUGUUGAUGGCCUAUGCAGGGAUGGCCGGUUCUCAGAGGCAUAUGCACUUUUCAGGGAGAUGGACAAGAUUGGAGUCGCUCCAAACCAUGUGACAUAUUGUACAUUUAUCGAUUCAUUAGCGAAAGUGCAGAGGGUGAACGAGUCACUGGGUCUAUUGGGAGAGAUGGUCUCAAGGGGCGUGGCCAUGGAUCUGGUCAUGUAUACAACUGUGAUGGACCGUUUAGAGCUGGCAAUAUCGAUGGCGCAGAGCAGAUGCUGUUGCAAAUGGAGGAGAAAUCCGUUAGCCCCAAUGUUGUCACAUUCUCAUCAAUCCUCAAUGGUCUUGUUAAAAGAGGAUGCAUCGCCAAAGCAGCUGGCUAUAUGAGGAAGAUGAAGGACAGUGGCAUUGCUCCUAAUGUUGUUACUUACGGAACGCUUAUCGACGGCUUCUUCAAGUGCCAGGGGCAAGAAGCAGCUCUUGAUGUGUACCGUGAUAUGUUGCAUGAGGGUGUUGAGGCAAACAACUUUAUUGUUGACUCACUGGUGAAUGGUUUGAGAAAGAAUGGGAAUAUAGAGGAAGCUGAAGCAUUAUUUAAAGAUAUGGGUGAACGUGGUCUGUUGCUAGACCAUGUCAACUAUGCCACCUUAAUGGAUGGGCUUUUUAAAACAGGAAACAUGCCAGCUGCUCUUAAGGUUGGUCAGGAGUUGAUGGAGAGAAAUCUGUCACCUGAUGCUGUUGUCUAUAAUGUGUUUAUCAAUUGCCUUUGCAGGCUUGGCAAGUUCAGUGAAGCAAAAUCUUUUUUGAAAGAGAUGAGAAAUACGGGCUUAGAACCUGAUCAAGCAACAUAUAACACUAUGAUUUCUGCACAGUGUCGGGAAGGGAAUACCUCAAAAGCUCUAAAGCUACUGAAUGAAAUGAAGUGGAGUUCAAUAAAGCCUAAUCUCAUCACAUAUACUACACUUGUUGUGGGCCUUCUUGAGGCUGGGGUUGUGGAGAAGGCAAAAUAUUUACUAAAUGAGAUGGCUUCUGCUGGAUUCACUCCAACCCCUCUGACUUAUCGAAGGGUGCUGCAAGCAUGUUCUGGAAGCAGGAGCCCGUACGUGAUUUUGGAAGUUCAUGAAUUGAUGAUGGGUGCUGGUCUUCAUGCUGAUAUCACUGUCUAUAAUACACUCGUGCAUGUUUUGUGUUGCCAUGGAAUGACAAGAAAAGCUACAAUUGUUUUGGAUGAAAUGUUGGGGAGAGGAAUUGCACCAGACACUAUCACAUUCAAUGCUCUCAUUCUUGGCCAUUGUAAGAGCAGUCAUCUAGAUAAUGCAUUUGCAACGUAUGCUCAGAUGCUUCAUCAAGGACUCUCACCAAAUAUAGCUACAUUCAACACACUUCUGGGUGGCCUUGAGUCCGCUGGAAGAAUUGGAGAGGCAGAUACUGUUAUCUGUGAGAUGAAGAAGAUGGGCCUUGAACCCAAUAAUCUCACCUAUGAUAUACUGGUGACAGGAUAUGCAAAGAAAAGCAACAAAGUUGAAGCACUGAGGCUGUAUUGUGAGAUGGUGAGUAAAGGCUUUAUUCCCAAAGCAAGCACAUAUAAUUCACUCAUAAGUGACUUUGCUAAAGCUGGAAUGAUGAAUCAAGCUAAAGAGUUGUUCAGUGAGAUGAAAAGGAGAGGAGUUUUACAUACGUCCUCAACUUAUGAUAUCCUUUUGAAUGGAUGGUCAAAGCUUAGAAAUGGAACUGAGGUAAGAAUACUUCUCAAAGAUAUGAAAGAGCUAGGGUUUAAACCAUCUAAAGGCACUAUUAGUUCUAUGUCCAGAGCAUUUUCAAAGCCGGGAAUGACUUGGGAAGCUCGACGUUUACUUAAGACCCUUUUCAAGGUUUAGGGAAAACAUGAAGUGUCAAUAUAUUAUCUGUCUAGGAUAGAUGCUCAAUUGAGAUGAUUCUCCCAGAACUGUACAGUUGCAAAAAGGGGUCCUUACUGUUGGAGUGUCUUCUUUGCUAAGCCAGAUAUGCUGUUUCGUGCAUAAAGAGAUCAUAGCAAAUGCAGUUAAUUCUGAAAAGAGAUGGGUAGGUGCUUCAGAAGACCAGCUUGAUGUCGUGACUUACAUUGGUUAACAAGCUGAAACCCAAAAAUAUAUACUUGUGUUAUACUCUGCCCUUGGACAGAAAGUUGUUAGGCAGUUUGUCACUCAGGGAUUCUGGAGUGAAGCACCAUUUGCAAUGAACUAAAUGCAUGAGGUUGAGACUGUUUUACACUUUUCUUACAUUUUCCAAGAAAAUUGAAUAUGUUUCUUGAAUUUAUGAAGGUUUCAAAUCUGCCUUGAUUGAUGACCUCCUACAGUUGUAAAUGGCUUGGAUGACAUAUGUAAGUUAUAUGCUUUGCUUUCUGCAAACCAGUUACUGACUGCUUGCACUUCCAUAAAGUUGAGGUGAUCUAUUCCUUGCACUACAAAAGUAUGUGUUUAUUUAAUCUGCUGCUUAACAUGUUUGAUUAUAUUAGGCAACAUGUAGUUGAUCACUAGAAGUUAUCUGAUAUGAACUAUGGUACUCCCUCCAUUCAGAUAUGAUAGUCUUUUCUUCAAAUUUGAGAAAUUCAGAUAUGAUAGUCUUUUUUACGUAUGCACCUUGGGUUCCACUAUGUACGCCUGUGUCGCUUUCCUUCGCCGUGCGGACGCGCUUCUCAGGACAGAGACAAAAGGAAGGAUUUGGCACGGGAAAGCGGGAAAAAACGAACUGUUUCACGGAGUUGCCUCGUGGUAUUAAAGGCCUGUGACACUGAACAGUCCCGUGGCGGAAAAACAGCAGACUAACGGAUAUUACCGAUGGAUGAAGUAAUUAGGUGAUAAGCAAGCCACUCUUCCCUUGACCAUCGUGCCAUUCUAAAAAGAGACUAUCAUAUCUGAAUGGAGGGAGUAAUUGAUAAGGCUAUGGCAGUCACCAGAUGUGUAAGAGUGAUCUUUGUGGCAGAGAGCAGUAUCACUGAAAUCAGUACACUUUUCUGUUUCCGCUCACUUGCAUGGUAUUAUUAUUAUUAUUAUUAUUAUUAUUAUUAUCAUCAUCAUCAUCAUCAUUAUUAUUAUUGUUAUUGUUAUUGUUGUUAUUAUUAUCAUCAUCAUCAUCAUCAUCAUCAUCAUGAGGAAUCAUGACCGCUACACAAUGCCAAGCAGUGUUUACAAGUCGUCCGACUAAUCGCGAUUAAUCGCGAUUAGUCGGGCUGGUCGCCUGGAAGAGGGCGAUUAGGUGGACGACGCGAUUAGGAUUUCAAGUCGUCCUAGUCGUCCGACUAAUCGUCGACCUGGGCGAUUAGUCGUCCGGUCGAACGCUUGCUGGUCGUUUUUGUUGUCACAGUUUUGGUACUGGGCUUCACUCUAGUUUUUGGCCCAUCUAUAGUAGCCCGCCCCUCCAGCAGUAAAUCAGCCGCCACAAACCCGCCAGAAAUCCUCCUAGCCGCCAGAAACCCUCCCAGCCGCCAGUAAACCCUAAUUCUCUCCUCUGUCCUCUCUGGUUUUUGCCGACGUCUCUGCUCCAAGUGCUCCAGCCGUCCAGCAUCUGCCUCCGGCGUCCAGUACUCCAGUGCUCCGGCGUCUGUCACCUAGUCAAGAAUUGAAGAUGAGCUCGUCAUCUGAAGGUAGCACCUGCUCUCCCUUCUCUGAUUAUCUCCCAGUCUCCCUUCCCUCUAUUACCACUGGUAGCUCGUCAUCUGAAGGUGCACCUGCAGACCUCUGUUUGAGCAGUCUAUUAUUGCAGAAAUUACUGCUAGUCUGCUACUAAUUAUGCCUAUAUUAUUGCAGAAAUGCAGUGCAUAUAUAGUUAAUAUAUAGUUAUAUACAUAUACAUAUGUCCUUAAAUCUAUAGGACGACUAACGGACGACUAGAGGUCGACCAGGACCGAUUAGUCGACCUAAUCGUCGCCCUAAUCGCUAUUAGGCGCCUGGUCGCCCGACUUGUAAACAUUGAUGUCAAGCUUUGGAUUUGAAGUUUUGAACUAGUCUAAUAUGCCAAGGAAAUGGAAUACAACAACAACAACAACAAUCUUUUCAGUCCCAAGUCCCUACUACUAUUAAGAACGGAAGGUGGGCACCUGGUGCUACCAUGGCUUCACCCCACGCUGACACACUGGGCCUGCCCCACGCGUCUCCCGCCUCGGUGUCGUUCCCUGUUGGUCCCCACGCUCAGCACGCUCUCAGCUACUGACCUAGCUAUUGACCUAUGGACCCCAGCGCCCGCACACCCACCACCAGACCACACAUACCUUAGUGUUUAUAAAUAAAAAAAUAUAUAUAUAAAAAUUAGUGCAAAGCGAGCAUUUGAACACACGCUCUCCUAUAUUCUAGAAAUUUAGGGUUAACCACUAGACUACAUGUACCUUAGUGUUUAAAAAUAAACACUAAUUAUAUUUAAAUAAAUAUCUUAAUACCUAUUUAUAUAAUAUAUAAAAACUAUAGCAAAAGCACGGGCAAAUGACUAGUAUAGUUAUUAAGGCGUUAAGGCGAGUUAAGGCGAGCGUCCCCUUUUUUACCUUUUAAGCGGAAAGGCGUAAGGCGAGGCGACGCCUUAAUUAUAUAUAUAUAUAUAUUUAUAUAUAUAUAUAUAUAUAAUAGACCAAAUAUUAUUUAUAUAUCACUAAUUCGAGGUAAUAAACAAGCUAGCACAACUGUAAGGCCUAAGACCAUUUCAGCCUAAUAGAACAGAGAAACAGGGAAAAAAAUAAAGAAACCCACAAUCAGCCCAACCUAACAAAUUUAGGGUUACUUCACGUCCUCACCUAGCACAAAUCUCUCUCUCCCUCUUCUCCCUCUCAGCCACCAGCAAUUCUCUCUCAGCCACUAGCAGCUUCUCCCUCUCCUUCCCCGCAUUUCUACUUCUUCCUGCACGUCGUUGUGCCUAAGAGGGUGGGCCGCCGCUGCUUGAGAGGGAGCAAGUGCGCCGCCGAGGCCGCGCCCGUGCGGAGCUGCUCCACCCACGCGCUGCGUGCCGCCAGGGAGGUAGACUAUACGCUGCCGCCUCCACUUCACUUUUUUUCUCUCGAAUGUGCAGGAGGACUGCACAUCUUUAUAUAUUAGAGAGAAGAAAAACACCCACAAAGGGCAAAAAUACAGAACACAAACAUACAGCCAAACACACACACACACACACACACUUCUAAAGAACACACCAGGACAGGGAGAUCUGCCACGCAGGACCCGACGUCUACAAAGCAGAAACACAGUCAGCCAAACCAAUGCUCCCCAGCUGCUUGGCUCCAGCUAGAACCCAGCAAGCAAGCUCAUCAAGGAAGGAUCUCAGCACCUUCGCAAUGGAAGGGGACUCCUCAUGGAAGAUCACUCGGUUCCUAUGAAGCCAAAGGUACCAUGCCCCAAGGAUGAUAGCACUGUUGAAGCCCUUCUUCUUGUCUUUGUGGAUCUGAUUGAUCACUCCUCCCCACCACUCCACAAAGGAGGCCUCCACAGGACUAGGAAUAAGGUGUCCUAGGUUAAAAGGGGCUAGAAUGCCAUGCCAGAACUGACGUGUAAAAACACAUGUAGUUAGGAGAUGUUGAACUGUCUCCUGCUCUUGAUCACAAAGGGGACAAACAACCGGGUGGGGCAUACCACACUUGCGUAAUCUGUCAGCUGUCCAACACCUAUUUCUUAUGGCCAGCCAUAGGAAGGUUUUGCAUUUUGGGGGGGGGGCAAGAUUUCCAUAACCGCUUCCAUGGCUCAAAGGUGAUGGAACCAUAAAAUAAAACAUUAUAGCAAGAUUUAGAAGUGAACUGCCCAGAUGACUCAUGCCUCCAAACAUGUUGAUCAGUUUCUGGAGAUAAAACAACCUCACUAAUAGAGUCCCAAAGGAGAAGGUAUUGUUGCAUUCCAAUCAGAGUGAGGUAACUUGAUAUCUCUGAUCCAUUGACCAUUAAUAAGGGCUUGGGCCACAGUUCUAGUGGAGGUUAACUUCUUGUCCACCUUUGAGAAUACCAUUGGAGCUAAAUCUUUGAUGGAAUUCCCGCUCAACCACCUAUCAAUCCAAAAGAGAGUAUCAUUACCGUUUCCCACAUGGGAGAUCACUGAAAUGGCAACCAAAGCCUUGACUUGUGGCUGAACAGGGAUAUCAAGACCAAUCCAGGACCUGCUAGGGUCGGUUUUCUAUAUAGCCACAACCACCUGGCUUGUAGUGCCCAGCUUCUGUAAAGCAGAUUUGGGAGGCCAAGACCACCAAGAUGCAGUGGCCUAGUAACCUUUAUCCACAAGCCGCUCUUAACCGUGAGCACGAUUGAUAUACCAGUUUUACACUCUACAGAGGUUGCACAUCUUUAUCCACAAGCCGUGAUCCCUUAUCUGCCUCGGGUUGCGCAGACCCUUAAACACUGCCAAGGUGAGUAGGCAAGGGCUCACUACGAGGCCUUUCCAAAGUUCCACUAGCAUGAGAGAACCCGUUACGGUUUCAGGCAGAAGGGGGCGAUAUAGGAAUCCCUCGUCUGAAAAGCCAUCGUAGCAUGAUCGACUCGAGAACUUCCCUAUACCAGCAACUUCCCACACCCCACUUGCCCCUUUUGGGAAAGGAUUAACUCACACUAGCUUUCCUAAUUAAUCAGCCAAGGGUGUCCCGUUCCACCCUUGUGUAGCACUGUUUUCUCAGAUUGUCGCUCCAUGUUCCAAUUACCACAAUAAUCUUAACCAUGAACAAUAAUUGAGCCAACAAUAAUAAUAAAGCAUGAUCAUAGUUCAGAUAUAAUAUCAAUCCCAACACCUGGUAGAGCAAUAGCAAGACUACCCAAUGAUUUAUUUGUUUGCAAGGUGUAGGGUGAAUAAAACUAGGGUAACCUAUUAGGUCCCAUCAAGUUAACCUAGACAUGUCACAGUGAUUAUCAUGAACAUUAUUAGGUAAAGAUAGUGAUCAAGUGCACAACUUGCCUUUUACUUGCGAUUCUAGGUACUUCACCAAGAUGGUCUCAGAUUCCUCGUCACCUCGCUUCUAGCGUAGCAAUACAUACAAUCAAACAAAUAAUGGAUAUGAUAACAUUACACCAGAGCAUAAGAACAAACCAUACAUUAGUAUUCUACACGUCGCUACGAGAUCGUAGGUUCGAGAAUGACUAAAAUCGGAGUUAUGGUUGAAAAGAUAUGGUUUUCGGAAGACCUAUGUGAUUAAGUAAUUAAAAAUAGGUCUUAUGUUGAUUUUAUAGAUCAUGUGAGAUAGAUAAUCUAAAGAAAUAACUAUCUUAUCUUUAAUCUAAGUUAUAACUUGAGUAGAGAUCAUAUUUUGGUCAGAUUAUAAUUAUUAGCAAGAUUAAUCUACUAAACAUAGGUUUAAAUAAAUAUCUAAUUAUAGAAGUAUAUGAUAUGUUACAAAUAAUGUUGUUACUGCAUAUGUAAUUUUAUUACGAAGCUAACACAACUGGAACAGACUAAAUCAGAGUUAAGAUGAGGGAUUUAUGAAAUUUACAAGUUUCUGGACAUAUAAAUAUUAUUUUUAUGCCCAAAUUAGUUUCCAGGGACUCAGCUGCAAAAACCUGACUUAUUUUCAUUUAUUUUAAUUUACUAUUUUGGGUUUGUUUCUUAGAAAGGCGAGGUCUCUUUUGAAAAAUCACCGCGACCGAAGCGGUAUCCUUCGCUCUGGGCCGCGCGAUUAUGAAUAAACGAUCCAGAUUAGAUCUCCUAAUCCUAUGAACCAGUGUGCCACACUGGUUGUUCGAUCCGAGAUCGACAGAUCCAAUUUAAUGGUUCGAAGGGAUACACCAUGAUUUGAUUUGGGCCAUCCCCCGCACGAUCAAUGAUUGAGAGCCAUCCCCCCUUCCCCGAUGGUGUAGCAAGGCGGUGCCGCCUACCCGUCGGCGAGGUCGCCGACAUGAGGGGCGAUUCCUGCCCUCAGAGCUCCAUCACCCCAAAUUGAAAGGUACUACACGUUGCUCGACUCAAGGCAAAUUAGAUGGGAGGUUCCUUACCAUGUACGGCAACGGGGAGCCCUGACCACGUGAACGGCGGCUCGGCGGGAAGUCUUCGCUCUGACGAGCAAUUCUGCUUUUUUGAGUUGCAUCCCGUGCGCCCUGUCGUUGCUCCUUCCUUCAGCGAUCUCCCGCAAACACUCGCAAGCAGUCUUAAGGUCUUGGCGACGCCGGUGGUCUGGAUUGGCCUCGGUGGCGCCCCAUCUCUCUAUUUGCCCUCUCUCUCUCUCUCUCUCUCUCUCUUGACGGCUUGGCUCGGGAUAUUCCGGGGGCGCCAUAUAUAGGGCAGAGGGCACCAAGGUCGGUGGGUUGUUGUAGAAGAUCUCGUGAUGGAAUUGGUUGUGGUUGUUACCGCGCGCGGUGUUUGCGGGAGGAAGAGGCUUCUGGCACCUUGGCCCCACCCAACAGAGACCAAGGAGGUGCAGGCGCGAUGUGGUAAGGAGCUGGCGAUGCGGGUCUCGCCUGCCGGUGACUGAGAGAUGCGAGCGUGGGAUUGGUGAGACUGACCCCCAGGUCUCGCCCGUCGGCGCUUAUUCCCGGCUUAUGCGAGCGGAUGAGCGCGGCACAGUCACGGGGUGUGGGCGGCUGACAGGGCUGGCCCACCUGUCAGCGCGCGAUGGUUGGGCUGGCUAGUUAGUUGGGCCAAAAAUGGAGGACUCGGCCCAGGUUUAGGUAAGUUCCCCUUCUUUUUUAUUAUUUUUUGCUGUUUUCAAUUUCAAGUUUUGAUUUCAAAUUUUAAAUCUGUGUUUAAGCUCUCAAAUUCAAACAAAUGCAGCAAACAAAAAUAUACCAGCAUGAGAUGCAAAUACCUAAUGUUAUUAGUUAAUUUACUAUCCUAUUUUAAGCAAAUGCCUUUACACAUGCAACUCCUACACUAAAAAAUAGGCAUUUUUGAGAAAAAUGAUCUCUAGUAUAUUAAAAUCCCUAAGAGAGAGCUUAUAAACAUAUAAUUCAACAAACGGAUGACUGGACUUUAUGUAGAGAUCAUUUUAUUUUAAUCUGUAUUAGGAACAUGUUUAUUUUGGGAAAUGUAGCUUCAGAGGUAUGGAGAUUCUUUUUAGGGUAUUAUUAAUUCAAAACCUCUGGAGAAUUUAACCAAUUCGAAAAAUAAAAUUUUGAGGUGUUACAUUGAGCUUCUUCUUAAUGUACUACCGUGGGACGGUGGGAGCGGUCUUUCCCCUACCGUCCGAGUGUUUUUAAUAAAAUGAAUUGAACAACUAAACAAGUUGUAGAACACCAUGUUCUGAGCUGGGCGCCUGGCUCUUGCUUCAACCUGCUGCACGCUCUAGGAAUCAAUGACUCUGUCAUCCCUGUGGGAGAUUGUUCCAAAGGACCUCUGUGCCCUGCUCAUGAAUCCGUUUCUCAUCUGCCUUUUGAUUAUUUGUUUAUUUGCUCUUUUCUCCUUUUGUAGUUUUCACAAGCAUGAUAAUCAGAACAUGUUUUAUGUGCAUAGAUGGAGAGGAGCUAUUUUGGAAAACAAGUUGGUUCCUCUCUUCAAACAAAGGAUGCUAUAUGACAAAGGAAAUUCCUCAUUUUGCAUCCUUCACCAUCUUGUGUUAGGAUUGUUAUUUGUUGCUGUAGCCGGCUUCUUUCCUAUACAUCAAGGUCAUGGAUGAUUCCAGGAAUGGUGGAGGGAGGCUGAGAGCAGGGCGCCAAAACUCCAGAAAAAGGGCUUCAAUUCAAUUGUGAUCCUUGUGGCUUGGUGACUGUGGAAACACAUUGAUGGUGCCUCUCCAAACAGCAACCUUGUCCUGCAACAUAUCCAUCAAGAUGCUCAUAUGUGGGGAAUGGCUGGGGCAGCAGACAUUAGGAGACUUUGGCCUUAGUCCUGGGAGUGCUUGUUUGCUGCUGGUUGUAGUAGUGUGGUUUUUCAUGGACAUUUAUGUGUAUGCAUGUGUUUGGCCGCCGUCAGGAGGCCAUUUUUUGUACUGUUUUUGCUUUAUAAGGCCUAUUUUUGUUCUUAAUAUAAUGAUGCGCAGUCCUCCUGCAUUUUCGAGAGAAAAAAAUGGAAGACUCCACAGCUGCAGAUUUAGGAUUGGAAUACCAUAACUGAGCAUUUGUAGUUUGUAAAGCAACUCCAUACAAGGUUUAAUUGUAUCCUCAAUACAUCUUUAGAUAACUUUUACUCUGCUA